GGAGUGAGCAGUGAGCAGAAGUCGCAUCGAGGAGAAUGGUCUGCAUUCCCAUGGUCGCACGGCGACGUGCGUAAAAUACGCGCUGCUUUUUACGCAUCGCGCAAAUUAGGACGUCGCACAAUUUAGAUUUCAAUUGAGUCCAAAACAGUGCAAGUGGGACUCUUGCAUACUUCUUCGAGUGAAUGUGAAACUUUUCAUCGAUCAGAUCGAAUUGAAAAAGACUGCUGAGUGAGAGAGCGAGACUAUCCACGAGUGGUAAAAUGGACCCUAUGUUUGAUGGCGCGGACGAAGUCAACUGGACCACGAGCUCCAACGACACGAACAACGGGACCGUGUACUGGAACCAAUUUGUGCAGCCAGCAUGGAGAAUAUUCCUGUGGGCCAUCGCCUACUGUUGUAUAGUAAUCGUGUCGGUCGUUGGCAAUGUGACAGUGAUUUGGAUUAUUAUGGCGCACAAACGCAUGAGGACGGUCACCAACUAUUUCCUGCUAAACUUGGCGUUCGCCGAAGCCUCCAUGUCCGCCUUCAACACGGUCAUCAACUUCAUCUACGCCGUGCACAACGAGUGGUACUUCGGACUGGUCUACUGCCGCUUCCACAACUUCUUUCCCAUCGCGGCCGUGUUUGCCAGCAUCUACUCCAUGACCGCCAUCGCCCUGGACAGGUACAUGGCCAUCAUCCACCCUCUCCAGCAGCGCAUGUCAUCCACAGAGACCAAGGUAGUCGUAGGAGUGAUCUGGGUCCUGGCUCUGCUCUUGGCCUUUCCUCAGUAUUAUUACUCCAACAUUGACCAGCUCCCCGGCCGGGUGGUGUGCUACAUUGACUGGCCUGAAUACACAAUAUGUGACUUCAAAACAAUGUAUUAUGUGUGUGUGGCCAUCCUGAUCUACUUCCUUCCUUUGUUGGUGAUGGGCUGUGCUUAUCUAGUGGUGGGACUAACCCUCUGGGCCAGUGAAAUCCCAGGAGACUCUUCCGAUCGCUAUAAGGAGCAACUGACUGCCAAACGCAAGGUGGUGAAGAUGAUGAUUGUGGUGGUGUGUACAUUUGCUAUCUGCUGGCUGCCCUACCAUGUCUACUUCCUGCUGCACCAGUUUAUUCCCGACAUGUUUGAGGAAACAUUCAUCCAGCAAGUGUAUUUGGGCAUCUUGUGGUUGGCCAUGAGUUCCACCAUGUACAACCCGAUCAUCUACUGCUGCCUUAAUGACAGGUUCCGUGCAGGUUUUAAACAAGCUUUCCGCUGCUGCCCUUGUGUCCCUCAAAACUCAUACGAAGGCCUCGAACUCAAGUCUACUCGCUACUUUCAAACUCAGACGAGCAUUUACAAGGCAAGCCGGAUGGAGACCACCGUGUCAACUGUAGCCCAGGCAGGGGAUGAAAUGGAGCAGUCUAAGGCCAAAGCUACGGUCAGUCCUGGGCCUGUUGGAGCGGUUGUUGGGGAGGGACAACAAAACUUUUCAGUGGAACUCACUUCAAAUGGUUCUUCGUCUCGCCGCGUCUCCAAAACCGUGUCCGAAGCAUCUAGUUUCUUCUUGCACAACAACCUCCAAGAGCAGAUGUUAAACACAAGCAGCUUUCUGUCAGACAGCCAGGAGAGAAUCUGAGUCACUAACUGACGAAACUUGUGUUGACCUGCAUGUAAAAAAGAUGGCAUUAAUGUACAAGUGACUGUGAACAAUUUGAUUUACAUUGUACAUUAUUUGCAUGUGAGAAUUCUUAUUCACUGAGCACGGUCCUUCCUAAUCCAGAAUUCUCUUGUGCAGAGGACAACAUGAGUGCAUUCCACUUUGAAAGUUGUACACUGAAGCCGACGCAGUCCUUCAAUUUUUCACAGCUUCUGCUUGUCACACCAGCCUUCGGUCAUUACACAUGGAAGAUUCUGACAUUUUCAAUCCCACUAUCUUUAGCACUUAACACAGUCUAUUUUGCCAGUUAGAGACCAGCACGCUGCAAAUACACACCGUUGUCUGCAAAGCAACAAAACUGGAAGAACUCGGGUUCUUUAGAGAGUAAAGUGCAUUGUUUUCAUUUGAACUUUCUGAUCAGAUUGCCAAUAUCUCCCCAAGCAGGAUUUUCUAAACUCUCACGUCAAGAAUGAGUGCUUGUCUUAAGCUCAUGGGACCACCAACAGGUGCUGCUGAAUGUUCUGCCAAUUACCUGACGCACAGUCAUGACUCAUCUUUCACCAGGCUAAACCCUGACUUGGAACAGCUGCUUCCAUCUUCUCUGCAUCAUAGAGAUUCUCCCAAGACUGUGAAUGGGAAAAGGCAAACAUUGAACAGGAACAACAAACACAAAAGAAGAGUUUCUGUUUUGAAACUGUGUAGUGUAGACCAAACACAGAAAGGAAGCUCCAACAUUGAUUUGAUAGAGAAAGCAGAUUUACGUUUCCUACUAAAGUGACAAAAAUUCUGUAUUUCCCAGCAGUUUUCUGACUUGCACUCCAACCUCUGUCAAACACACAUCUGAAUACCCAACACCUCCUUUAUACAUGCAACCUUUUCCUUUUUGUUGUAGCAUGCUGGGUAUACCUGCAUCACACUUCUCACCUUUUAUUUCAGUCGACCCUUGGAACUCAAACAGUGUGCCUGUUGUAGAGCUCAGGAAUAGAAUUCUAGUUUCAAGGGAAAUAUGGUCUAAAACUCUAAAAAUCAAGAAUCUGAAAAAAUGGGGCGAGAGGAUGGAGCUAACUUUUUCACUAUUGUGUAUACCUGUACACUUUCCUAAGGGUAUCAGUAAUGAUAAAAGAGGAAAGGCCUGUGUUCACACUUUUGGUUUGGUAAUCAGUUGUAUCACCAGACCAAAUGUCUAAGGGAUGCCAACUAUGCCUUUCAUGACUGUCAGAUACUGUCUCUCGCUAUAUUGUGGAGCGUCUUGUGUGGGGUUUCUCUGGGUAAUCUGGCCUUCUCACGAGGGUUGGGUAUCGUUUGAAUUUGAGCGAUUGCGGUCCCGAUUUCGGUUCCUCAUUUCAAUUCCAGUUCCAAACGAUUCUCGAUUCCGAUUCUUUUAGGGGGCUGGGUCAAAAAUAGUUUGCAUGGUUUAAAUAAUGAGUGUCCAAAUUAUGAACAUCCAUUUUCUUAGCAGCCCGCAGCAUAGACUAAAAUGAACAUUCUUUAUAACCAGUAUCAAUAUCAAACCUUUGAAUAAAAGGCAAUGUGUGUGGAACUAACCCAAUUGACUUAAUGUUCAUUCAUUAAUCCAUCCAUCCAUUUUCUGAGCCGCUUAUCCUCACAAGCACUUGUCCUCAUAAGGUUCUUGGGUGAG